GAAGAACAUCUUCUCUCUGAGCAACAUAAGUGGAGCUUCAGGAUAAACAAGGAGGAGCCACAGCCCUUCCACAUUAAGGAGGAAGAAGAGGCGCCACAUACAUUGCAAAUGCAAAGGAAAGAAAAUAACCCACUGACCUCCCAUUUUAAAGAGGAAGAGGAGGAACACAGCAUCAGUCAAGAAUGGUUGGAGAAGUUCCACGUGGUUGUGAAGAGUGAAGAUGAGGUGAAAGGUGAAAGUGAGGAGAGGGGAGGGGGGGAGCCUCCAAGCAGCAGCUCAACACAACACAUGACAACAGAAGCUGAUGGAGACCACUGUGGAGGAUCACAAGCAGACAAGCUCUUAGCUCCACUAUCAGAUAGUGAGGACACAACGUCACACUCUCCUGACACUGAUGAUGAAGACUCUAAAGAUGAUAAGACAUGUCACACUGACAACACUCACUUCACAUCUUCUCACUGUCACAAAACUUUUAAAGACUGUCGCAAUAUGAAAAGACACAUAAGAAUACACACUGGAGAAAAACCUUUUGCCUGCUCAGAAUGUGGUACAAGUUUUGCAAGAAAUCAAAGUUUAAAAGCACACAUGAGAACACACACUGGGGAAAAACCAUUUUUGUGCUCAAUUUGUAGUAAAAGAUUCACCCAGAAGGCACAUUUGAUAAACCACACAAAAAUACACACUGGUGUAAAACCUUAUUCAUGCUCAGUAUGUGGUAAAAAAAUUACACAAAGUAAUGAUUUGAAAAGACACAUGAGAAUACACACUGAAGAAAAACCUUUUUCCUGCUCAGAAUGUGGUAAAGGUUUUACACAAAGUAAUGAUUUGAAAAGACACAUGAGAAUACACACUGGAGAAAAACCGUUUUCCUGCUCAGAAUGUGGUAAAGGUUUUACACAAAGUAAUAAUUUGAAAGAGCACAUGAAAAUACACACUAGAAAAAAAACGUUUUCUUGCGCAAUCUGUUGCAAAGAAUUUGCACUACCUAUCUCUUUCAAAGUUCACAUGAGAAUGCACACUGUUCAAUCUGUUGUGAAGGUUUUGGAUUGGGUCUCUAUUUAAAUAAAACACGAGAAAACACAGAUGAGAGAGUGUUGUGUUGCAGUGUUGAACUGUCAAAACUUGAAUAAGGACUUUCUAAAAUCAGCACAUAUAACAUGUGUGACAUCAUUGUUGUGUGUGUAACACAAUCGUGUUAAUAUUAUCCUAACAUUCAUAGAUUAGAUAAUUUAGAUUAGUGUUUUUUUUACAGGUAAAUACAUGUGUUAUUAUGUAAUUUUUGGUACUUUGAUUUAAAAAGGAAGAUAACUAUUUGGCUGAAAAGGUGAAAGUAAAAAACACGUGUUCUUCUGGACCACUUUUGGAAAAAAAAAUACUUUUUACAUCAUUUGUGUUUUAUUCAAGAUCAUUUACUUUUAAAAUGUGUGACUUUAUGAAUCAUUUGUUGGGUCUCUGUAAUCCAUUCUGUUAAUUGUCUUUAUUACUCUCUUUUGUAAUUUUUUUUUUGGAUUGUUUUGUAUGUAUGUCCCCAGACUUUUAUGCAAUUAAACAAUUUAUGCUUCAAUAAAAGUUGGGUCCAGUAAAUGUAGUUAUUAUUUGUUGAGUAUGUGUUUUGUUAUUAAAUAUUGAAUUUAUAUUUAGAGUCAGAGUCCUGAAAACAUAUGUACGGUCUGUCCUACUUUACGGCUGUGAAUGCUGUACAUUAAACAAUCAACAAUCUAGAAAAUUAGAGGCAACUGAAAUGUGGUUAUUCAGAAAAAUACUCUGCAACUCAUAGACUGAAAAGAAAAG